AUGGAGCAGCAGAAACAUGACCAGCAUAACACAGCCCCCUUGCCGUCUCCCGGCACCGAUCCCCAAGGAGGCGCCAUCCCGCCAUUCAACCCGCAUCUCCAGAACCAGGCAGACGCCGAGGCUAUAGCCGCUGCCAUGAUGGUCGGCCAGCCCUUCCUGAAGGAUCAGAACCUGGCCUCGAUUCCCGUCGGGGACCCCAGCAGCGCACCCAUACAGCUCCAGCCCGACAACAAGACUGUCUCUGCAGACGACGUUGCCCUGUAUGAUCGCCAGAUCCGUCUCUGGGGCAUGGCUGCCCAAGCCAAGAUCCAAAACGCAAACAUCCUCCUCAUCACCAUCAGAGCCCUGGCCAACGAGAUCGCAAAGAACCUGGUCCUCGCCGGCAUCGGCUCUCUCACCCUCCUCGAUGGCUCGACCGUCGCCGAGGCAGACCUGGGGGCUCAGUUCUUCCUCGCCGAGAGCGGCGACAACGUUGUUGGCCAGAACCGCGCCGAGGCAGCCUGCGCAGGCCUUCGCAAGCUCAAUCCGCGUGUCCAGAUCCACGUAGAUACCGAGGGCGUCACCGCCAAGGGACCCAGCUACUUUGCCGGGUACGAUAUUGUCAUUGCGACGGAUCUGGACCCGGAUACCUUCAACAUCAUCAACACGGCCACGCGCAUCAACGGCAAGGCCUUUUACGCUGCGGGCACCCACGGCAUGUACGGCUUCAUCUUCAGCGACCUCAUCGAGCACGACUACGUCAUCGAGCGAGUGGCUGGAAACGUGGCCACGGAGCCGAUGCAAGAAACGCGGACCCGCUCCGUCGUCCACGUCAAGACGGAAAACGACAACGCCAAGACGGUCGAGUCUGUCACCAAGCGCGAGCUCUACUCGACGUGGUUCCUGGCCAGCGACCUCGCCGUGCUGCCCGGCGAGUACGUCAAGUCCAAGCGCAGACUCAAAAACGUGACGCCCGCCCUGCCCUGCCUCCGCGCCCUGUGGGAGUUUCAGCAGCUCAAGGGCGGUGCGCUGCCCAGCAACCGCGAGGACCUCAAGCUCUUUACGCAGAUUGCCACGCAGAAGCACAAGGCCCUGAGCCUGCCCAGCGAGACGCUCAGGCCCGAGUUCCUGCGCAGCUUCCUGCAGAAUCUGGGCGGCGAGCUUGCGCCCGUGGCGGCCAUCCUCGGCGGCCAGCUGGCGCAGGACGUCAUCAACGUGCUCGGGCAGACGCAGCAGCCCAUCCAGAACAUGGUCGUCUUUGACGGCGAAAGGAUGGAGGCGGCAAUGUUCCCGCUGCACCCGGAGGGCGCCCUGGGCGCGAGUCUGCUGUCGCUGGGGGCCAACGCCAUGGCCUCCAACGGUGGCUCCAUGAUGAUGGGUGGCAUGCCUGGCCUCGACGAGAUGGGCAUGCCCACGGGCGGUCAAGGCUUGGAUGCCGACGCAUCCGGCAUGGCUGUCCAAGGCGCCAGCAACAACGCUCAGCAGUCGACCGCCGCGCCGCCGCAGGACCAACCCUCUUCUGCACCGAGGCCUUCCAUCUCGCGCGGCGGAGACGCGUCUGCUUUGUAA